CUUCACUGUCCGGCGAAACGUGAACGAGCGAACCCAUUUCUUUCGGGCGGAUGUUUUCCACUGAGAGCACUUCCGGAUAGCUCCUCUGCUAUCCUUACAAUCAAUCAGCACAAUUUUCAACUUUUAAGUGUGACAUAGCUGCUUCAAUAUGAUGAAAGUUUUAUUAGCAGUCUUUUUUGCUUGUUUUUCGGUGAACAGUGUAAUAUCAAGGAUUACCUCGGAGGAAAAUCACGAAAAUGAGCCGGAGUUUGGAACUCUGGACUCCAUGCUGUCGGACUAUGAGGUGCUGCCUGUGUCAGGCUUCCAGCUGCACUCUGUGAGAAAGAGGGACGUCCACACCCAGUCCAACCUGGAGCGCCUGGUUAGCUUCAGAGCCCUGCAGAGAAAUUUCAAGCUUUAUUUGACCACAAACACUGCCCUCUUCACUGACGACUUCAAAGCCGUGUUCGUUGAUAAAAACGGGGAGGAGCAGAAAUACGACGUCUCACUUCAGAACUAUUUCACUGGGCAUGUUGUUGGAGAGGAAAACUCGCGUGUGCAGGCACACAUCGACGGAGACGAGUUUUCUGCUCAUAUCCUGACGGAUGAAGCAGAAUACAACGUAGAGCCCCUGUGGAGGUUCACAAAUUCCCAGGUUGACGGCAGGUUGCUGGUCUACCGAUCGCAGGACAUCAAGAACCUGAGCCGGAUUGCUUCUCCUGAAGUUUGUGGCUACAUCCACGCAGAGGCUGAUGACAUUUUACCUCUUUCUGCCAGGAGACAGGAAGAGCACAAGCGUCUGGUUCCUGAAAACGACCCUCACAGAGUGAAACGAGAGAAUCCCGACCACAAGAAGAACACCUGCCACAUGCUGCUGGUAGCAGAUUACCGCUUCUACGAACACAUGGGCCGCGGCCAGGAAAGCACCACGAUCAACUACCUGAUUGAGCUGAUGGAUCGAGUCGAUGACAUUUACAGAAACACAACCUGGAACUCGGAGUUCACAGGCUACGGAGUCCAGAUCCAACAGAUCAUCAUUAACAAAGCUCCAACGCAGCCGCCCUCCGACGCCGGUUCUGGAUGGGUCCAUUACAACAUGAAGAACAGCCCAGCGAAGGACCAGGAAGUCUGGGACGUGAAGAAGCUUCUGGAGCAAUUCAGCUCAGAUAUCGCCGACUCCGCCUCCAAAGUGUGUCUGGCUCACCUGUUCACCUACCAGGAUUUCGACAAGGGGACGCUGGGCCUGGCCUACGUCGCCCCUCCCAGGCCUCAUCCCCUCGGCGGCAUCUGCUCAGAAGCUUACUACCCAUCUCACACCGCCAAGAAGGCCAGUUACCUCAACACAGGCCUGACCAGCACCAAGAACUACGGCAAAACUAUUCUCACAAAGGAAGCGGACCUGGUCACCACUCAUGAGCUGGGCCAUAACUUCGGAGCAGAACACGACCCCGACAACAACGACUGCGCUCCCAGCGACGAGAAAGGCGGCAAGUUCGUCAUGUACCCCAUAGCUGUCAGUGGCGAUCAUGACAACAACAAGCGUUUCUCCAGAUGCAGCAGGGACUCGGUGGCAAAGACGUUGAGUCUGAAGGCUUCGAAAUGCUUCAAGGAGAGGAACAGUAAAGUCUGUGGGAACUCCAGAGUGGAGGAAGGGGAAGACUGCGAUCCUGGGCUCCUGCAUCUCGGCAAUGACAGAUGUUGCUCUUCAGAUUGCAAGUUCAAUCCUGGUGCCAUUUGCUGCGACAGAAACAGCCCCUGCUGCAAGAACUGCCAGUAUGAGGCGGCAAGAACAAAGUGCCAGGAGCCCAUCAGUGCCACCUGUAAAGGGAUGUCGUUCUGCACAGGUAACAGCAGCGAUUGUCCGCCGCCUGAAAAUGCUCCUGACAACACGGAGUGUGUGGACAAAGGCCGCUGCCGCAACGGAGAGUGUAACCCGUUUUGCGAGGCGGAGCAGAAACUACAGUCGUGCGCCUGCAACGAGACGAGUGAUUCCUGCAAGGUGUGCUGCAAGAAAGACGGGAUCUGCUCUCCGUUCACGCAGAAGGAUGGCACUUUCCUUUUCCUUCGCAAAGGCAAACCCUGCACUGUGGGCUUCUGUGACGGAAACGGCAAAUGCAUGAAGCAGGUGCAGGAUGUAAUAGAGAGAUUGUGGGAUUUCAUUGACAAGCUGGACAUCAACACGUUUGGGAAGUUCUUGGCUGACAACAUCGUGGGGUCAGUCAUCGUGUUUUCCCUCGUUUUCUGGAUUCCUCUCAGCAUCCUGGUUCACUGUGUGGACAAACGGCUUGAUCAGCAGUACGAAGAAAGCACAAAGAUUUACUUUGCUCCCAGCCAGAUGGUGGAGGUUUGUAAUAAAGCUCCUGCUGCAGACUCAAGACAUGCUCGAGUCAACGUCCGUCCGCAUCGUCAAGCAUCAUCAGCCUCCCUCCUCCUCCGCCGGCCGGACCGCGCCCUUCUUCCAGCCCCCGCAGCCGCCGACGCAGGUCCGGCCUCUGGCCCCGGCCGCGGCCAGCAGUACCCCGGACCCCGGCCCGAGCUGCGGCGCCAGCCUGGACAGCGCCGGGGACCUGCGGAUGGCCACCAUCCCGGAGGACACCAGCAACGACUCUCACCUGGCCGAGGAGGCGCGGCCGGGCGAUUUCACAACCGCAGGAGUCUCCUCGUCGGCUACGAAAUCCUCCUACGAGGAUCUGACCGAGCAGAACCCAUCAGCGAAGGAGCGGCGGCGCCUACAGAGGCAGGAGCGCCUCAACAGUAAGGAGACGGAGUGCUGAGAGAACGACGGCGCCGCUGCCGCCGCCAUCUUGAUUUAGAAAACCUCAAAAAGCACGUGGAAUCAUGUAGGUUAGAUUUGUUGAACAGAACCACUUCUUUGAAGCUGUGGGUUCCUUUUCUGUGCCUUUUUAUGAUUUACAUCAAGAACCUUAAACAGGAUUAUGGCCGCUGGGGGAAUGAAAGUUAUUCAGAUUUUAAUAUGAUGAGAUCAAAAGUCAGAAUUAUGUGAAAUCAGAAUUCUAAUAUCAAAAGUCGGAAUUCAGAGGAAAAAGUCAGAAUUCUUUUUUUGUCUAUUUUUUUCAGUGGCCGUAGAUUAAGGACCAGAUUUGGACAACCUGUCACUAAACUUUUCCACAUUUCGUCCCAUCAUAACCACAAGCUUUGAUGCGUUUCACUGGGUUUUUAUGUGACAAACCAACACUAAAUUAUGCAUCAUUUUUUAUUUUAUAAAAAUAAUUUGAGAAAUAGAAAAGGUGUUGCAUCCAUGUGUGUUCAGCCACUUUUAACCAAGUAAAGUGGAACAUGGCGCACAUCACUGCCUGUGAUAACUGUGAAAGAGAGUUAACCUAAAACAAGCUGCUACAUGUUCCGGAAAAGUCACUUGUCAGUUUUGAAAUGUCUGAUUUCAAGUGUACUAAGAUGUUUUCACCAGACCAAAAACACUUGGUGAGAUUUUCUUUUUGCAGUGAAAGUGCUUCACAAAAACACAAACAUAAAAACAAGAAGAUAAAAGCUGACGGAAAAUGUAGCAGUCUAAAAUAAACUCUGAUCUUUCUGGCAGUUUCUGAAUAUAAACGCAUGCCACACUUUUCAGAUUUAUAAACCUUGUCGAUUACAUAAAAUCCCAUUAAAAUACACUAAGGUUUUUAGUUGCAACAUUACAAAAUGAAUUUUUUUUUUGCAUUAAACAUAAUUUAGGUAAUACUUUUAACGUCUGGUUGCAAACCUUCACUGAAUCUUCCCAACGUAUCUUUAUGCAUUAAGAUUGUUCAUCUCUAAAAAACAAAAGCUUUUCUCUGUAUUUGUGUGCUCCUACAUCCUCUUAUCAUGUUACAUAUCAGUCACUCUGUGAAUGGGGAAUCCGAUUGUUGGUCUUAUUUUGAGGUUUGUUUUUUAAUAAAAGCACUUUUUUUAAACACUGGAGAAUUUACGUUUUGCACACAGUCGUUUUUCUGAGGUUGUGUAUUUGAGCCUUUUACAUGUAUAUCAGCAGCAGCAAGUAUUUCACUGAUCUUGUGGCGUUUUUGCUUUAAGUUAGUAAAAAUAAAACCUUUUUUUCCCUCAUUCCUUCAUGAGUUUCCUGCUGAGCGCUGCUUGUGCUCAGAUCUUCUGUUUGGUUUUAUAAACUCGUGCCAAUGAGAGCUCUGCACAUUCAUCUGUUUGCAGACUCGUCACAGUUACCUGCUGUUGUAAUGCUGUACAACAUUUUAUUGUGUGUAAAAAUAAAACAUUUUGCAUUAA